AUGUCGACACACCUCGCAGCUUUUGUUACAGGAAAGAGCCAGCCGCUCGAAGUCCGAGAAAAGCAGACACCCAAACCCGGGCCCGAUGAGCUUCUCCUCGAUGUGAAGGCGAUCGCCCUGAAUCCCAUCGAUUGGAAGAUGCGCGACUUCGGCUUCGCUAUAGCCGACUAUCCCGCCGUUGUUGGUUCAGACAUUGGUGGUAUAGUCCUCGAAGCUGGUUCUAACGUAUCUUCCGACUUCAAACCCGGAACUCGUGUCGCGGCUUUCGCGCCGGCCUUUUUCGCUCGGGGAGAACCCAACUACGGUGCCUUUCAGCAGCGGCCUAUUGUCCCUGCGAAGAACGCUACUCCAAUUCCUGACUACCUUUCGAUCAACGAGGCUGCUAUCCUUCCUAUGGCUGUCGCCACAACAUGGUCUGGAUGGGAAACCAUCGGUAUUCCUCGCAAUACCUCGUAUUCUCCUAGUGACAAGCAAGGACUCCUUGUCUGGGGCGCGUCUUCCAGCGUUGGCAGCGUAGUAGUGCAAAGCGCCAAAUUACUCGGCUUUACCGUAUACGCCACCGCGAGCUCAAAGCACCACGCAUACGUCGAAUCGCUAGGCGCGUCCAAAGUCUUCGACUACAAAGAGCCCGGCGCAGAAAAUGCUAUCAUAAAGGCGGCUAAGGAAGAGGGUCUCACAUUCCAGUACGGCUAUGAUGCCGUGGGCGCUUUACAAUCCUGCCAAACCAUCCUGAAGUCGUUAAAGGGAAGCGGACCAGCUCAUCUAGCCUCCGCACCUCCACUAAGCCCUGACGGACCUACUACGGAGGACGUCGAGGCUAAGUUCGUUGCUUGUUCGCCUGAUGAUAAGGUGCGGCAUGAGCAGUUCUCGUUCUGGUUUAAUACUUGGCUGAAGGAGAGGCUGGAGAAGCGUGAAAUCGUCCCGAGCCCUAAGAUCCAAGUGGUCGAGGGAGGUCUGCAUGGUAUUAACAAGGGCCUUGACAUUUUGAAAGCGGGAGUUAGCGGCACUAAGCUAGUCCUCGAGCUGUAA